AAGAAAAAUGUUCAGAGCACGCUGUACUUGAAAGAGGGUUAAAAAAAAAAAAGAAGAAAUCGAAUCGUUAUUUCAUCCUCAAUAAUAAUUAGUUAAUUAAUUACACGAAAAACAAUCAAAUGGAUUUGGGGGAGCUGUGGGCGAUCUUCGGUCCCGGUGUCGCGGGCGCAGUGUUCGGUGCCGGCUGGUGGUUUUGGGUCGACGCCGUCGUUUGUAGCUCCGUCAAUGUCUCUUUCGUCCACUAUUUACCUGGAAUAUUUGCAUCUGUUGCGGCUUUUAUGUUCAAUUGUGUUAGAAAAGACGAUAUUGAUUACUCUCCUUAUGAAGAAGGCGAGUGGAGGUUGAAACUAUGGCUUUUCAUUGCUUAUGUGGUGUCCUUUGUAUCACUGGCUGCUUCGGUGGGCCUGUUGAUACAAGAUUCGCUUGUAAAAUCUGGUCCUUCAGUGUGGACUGGUACUGCUGGUGUCUUGCAGUGUGCGCUUGUCUUAAUCAGCGGGCUGAUAUAUUGGACUUGUCACUCGGAAUAACGGAUACCCUGAAUCUGGUGUUUUACACUUCGGAGCUUGGAAUCACAAGUGAGGCAAUGAUAUGUGCUCGUAUCAUCUGUUGUUAACCUUUGUAAAUUUUGUAUUGUACUGUCUUGAGUAUUAAUGUACGAUACAUCCUGCUCAUUUGAAAUUUAUGAUGGUGGUUAUUCAGUCUAA